AUGUCCUCCCAGAAGCAUUUGGUUUCCGACUUUACUGAGGGAUCGGGUUCCUGGCAAGAUCAAACUUAUGGAUUCGACACCGUUCUUGUGCAUGGGGGUGUGAAGCCUGAUCCUGUGACAGGGGCUGUGCUUACGCCCGUGUAUCAAAGCACAACUUUUGUUCAGGAGUCUAUCGGUAAAUACCAAAGUAAAGGGUACAGUUACACCCGCUGCGCAAAUCCAACGGUCUCGGUGUUGGAGCGAAAACUGUGUGCCAUUGAAAACGGUGACUAUGCUACGGUGUACAGCACAGGCAUGUCUGCGACCACCACGGCUAUUUCUUCUUUUAUGAGUGCGGGUGAUCAUGCGAUUAUCACCGAUUGCAGUUACGGUGGCACGAACCGUGCGUGCCGUGUUUUUUUUCCACGUUUUGGUAUGGAAUUUACGUUUGUCGAUAUGCGUGAUCUAAAAAACGUGGAGGCUGCCAUCAAGCCAAACACAAAGUUGGUUUUUUCGGAGACGCCAGCAAACCCAACGUUGACCCUUACUGAUUUAACCGAACUGUCGAAACUCUGCAAGGCGAAGGGUCUUAUUCACGUUUGUGAUAAUACGUUUGCUACCGCUUUUAUCAUGAGGCCUCUCGACUUGGGCGCGGAUGUGACGCUCAUCAGCACAACCAAGUUUGUGGAUGGGCACAACAUGACUGUUGGAGGCGCGCUUGUGACGAAGCGGAAGGAUCUGGACGAAAAGGUGCGUCUCACGCAGAAUAUACUUGGAAAUGCCAUGUCCCCAUUUGUGGCGUAUUUGCAGCUUCAGACUGUAAAAACAAUGUCUUUGCGCGUGGCGAAACAGAGCGAGAAUGCGCAGAAAGUGGCAGAGUUCCUUGAGACUCACCCCGCUGUGGAGAAGGUGAUGUACCCAGGUCUAAAGAGCUUUCCUCAGAAAGCGCUUGCCGACCGUCAGCAUCUUAACAACAACCACGGUGGCAUGCUAUGGUUUGAGGUGAAGGGGGGUACAGCUGCGGGGCGGAAGCUGAUGGAUACUGUACAGCGUCCCUGGUCACUCUGCGAAAACCUCGGCGCGGCGGAGAGUAUCAUCACGUGUCCAUCAGUCAUGACACAUGCCAACAUGACAAAGGAAGAUCGCCUGAAGGUUGGUAUCACUGAUGGGUUUGUUCGCGUUUCGUGUGGCAUCGAAGAGGCAAAGGAUCUAAUUACUGCACUCAAGACCGCCUUGGAUGCUCUUUAG